UUCUCGACGACGUCUUGGAAAAGUUAAGAAAAUCAGGAUCAUGGAUAUUGUGGACAAAGGUCAAUUCACUCAUUUGGACUAUUCUUUCUUCGUGGUUGUGUUCUUCGUGAGCGGCGCGAUUGGUCUGUAUUAUGCCUUCAAGGCCCGCAAAACCGCGUCGACGAUCGAGGAUUUUCUCCUCGGAGGCAGAAAUAUGAGCAUUUUCCCUGUUAUCGCCUCGUUGAUCGCCACGUCAGUGUCGGGAAGUUCGAUUGUCGGACUGGCAGCUGAAGUCUACACUUAUGGAACUCACACUUGGAUGUUCGCACCGGCUCUAUUUGUCAUCCCUUUAGUGGUUCCGACAAUUUUUCUGCCCAUCUUCGCGGAACUCAAGUUGACUUCGAGCUUCAAGUACUUUGAAUUGCGAUUCAAUCGACGAGUCAGACUCCUUGCCAGCUUCAUCUUCCUCUUCACGGGACUCAUUUUCCUGCCGGUCACAGUUUACGUUCCAGCCUUGAGCUUCCAGAGAGUCACUGGCGUCAAUACUUACGUCACCAUCGCGAUCUUGUCUCUCCUGUGCGCUUCUUACACGGCAAUCGGCGGAUUCAAAGCUGUACUGUGGACAGACGUCGUACAAUUGGCGCUCAUGAUCGUGGCUUGCAUUAUCGUGAGCGUGAUCGGAACUCGAGCCGUUGGAGGACUCGGAAAUGUCUUCCGAGUCGCCGAUCGUGGAGGAAGAAUUGUCAUUGCAAACAUGGACAUGAACAAGAGAAGCUCAUUGCUUGCAUACUUGAUAUCAUCAACAGCCAUAAAUACCUUUCAAUUUGGCCUCAAUCAAACCAUUUUGCAGAGAUUUCUCUCGUUGCCCAGCCAGAAGAAGAUGACAAUAUCAGCUUGGAUGCUAGUUUCCGUGUUUGGCAUGAUUCUGUGCUUCUCUCCGUUUUUGGGCAUUAUCGUGUAUGCCAACUAUGAAACUUGCGAUCCCAUGAAGGCAGGAAAAAUACAGAGCAUCGAUCAGAUUCUACCGCACUUCAUCCAGGAGAAAGCCUCUUUGUUCCUCGGAUUCAACGGAAUCUUCAUUGCUGGCGUGUUUUCAGCCGCUUUGUCAACAACUUCGUCGUACUUGAACGCCAUGAGUGGCGUUAUCUUCGAAGACUUUGUCAGCAAUUGGUUCCCAAACAUCAACCAAAACAUCGCCAACAGAACGAUGAAGAUUAUUGUGAUUAUUCUAGGAAUUCUACAGAUUUUCUUGGUGUUCUUCAUCGAAAAGAUGGGAAUGAUUAUGCAAAUGACAAAUCAGUGCAUGGCUCUCAAUACUGCAGCUCUUCUAACUCUCUUCGUGCUCGGUGCAGUGUUGCCAAAGGCGAAUAGCGCGGGCGCUCAAGCUGGAGCUUUGACUGCCAUUGUCAGUGUUCUCACUCUGAUCAUUGGAAGCAUCAACAACGAACCCGAACCGACUCUUCCUUUCCGAACGGACGGUUGCAGUGAUUCUUUGACGGGUGCUUCGAACUCAACAAUUGACCAUUUUCCUCACUCUUCAAGUGACCAAGAAGACAUUUUCUGGCUGUUCAGAAUCUCCUUCAUGUACUUCGGCUUCAUAGGAACGUUCUUGGGUAUCAGCAUUGGAUAUUUGACCAGUCUUUUGACCGGAGGAAACACUAUCGAAGACCAGAGACUUUUGGCACCUUUUCUUCGGACUAAAGCUCUCACUGAGGAAGAAGUCAAUCUGAGAAUAAAAGAGUGAAAUCCUGAGCAGUGCUUUCAAUCGAACUAUCCAAUGAAAUAUGAUCAAAAAGGAUGGAAAAUAACUAAUGAAAAAUGAAUCAUAAAUUGUGGAUAAUACUG